CAUGCGCCGUGCGUAGAAGAAGUUGAGGCCAUAAGAAUUCCUACGAACACAUCCAGUCAGUGUGUGUGUUGCCAACAGCAGCAGUAGGAGCGCUCAUGAAUCGCUACAGCAGUCUGUGAGCUGAGAGAAGGCGGUUGAUGGUGUAGACAGUCCUAAUUUUACCCUGCUCUUCCAGCCCCUGAUCCUUUUAAACGAGUAGUCAUGCCUCCAGCAACGGGUGGCCCAGUGGGCUACACCCCCCCAGAAGGCGGCUGGGGUUGGGCCGUAGUGGUCGGCGCCUUCAUCAGCAUCGGCUUCUCCUACGCCUUUCCCAAAUCCAUCACGGUCUUCUUCAAAGACAUCGAGGUGAUCUUUAAUGCCACCAGCAGCCAGGUUUCCUGGAUCUCCUCUAUUAUGCUGGCUGUCAUGUACGCUGGAGGACCAGUCAGCAGUAUCCUGGUAAACAAGUUUGGCAGCCGACCAGUCAUGAUCGCUGGAGGCUGUCUGGCAGGCACAGGUCUUGUCUGUGCAUCCUUCUGUAACACAGUGGAGGGAUUGUACUUUUGUGUCGGAGUAAUAGGAGGUCUGGGUUUGGCGUUUAAUCUGAAUCCAGCACUGACGAUGAUUGGUAAAUAUUUCUAUAAGCGGCGUCCUAUAGCUAAUGGAAUCGCCAUGGCAGGCAGCCCUGUGUUCCUGUCCACACUGGCACCUCUGAACAGCUGGCUCUAUGAUAUUUUUGGUUGGAGGGGCAGCUUUCUGAUUCUAGGUGGCACUCUGCUCAAUUGCUGCGUGGCAGGCUCAUUAAUGCGGCCCAUCGGACCAACACCGCAGCCCAAAGCCGACGUGAAGGGGGACGGAGAAAAGAAGACAGUGAUGCAAACCAUAAACAGCUUCAUCGACCUGACCCUUUUUAAACACAGAGGCUUCCUGCUUUAUCUACUUGGCAACGUGGUCAUGUUCUUUGGCCUGUUUGCGCCGCUCGUCUUCCUCAGCAAUUACGCCAAGAGCAAAGGCAUCUCCAAGGACAAAGCAGCUUUCCUGCUCUCCAUCCUGGCCUUCACAGACAUGGUGGCACGACCUUCCAUGGGCCUGUUGGCCAACACGCGCUGGGUGCGACCACGCAUUCAGUAUUUUUUUGCAGUGGCGGUGCUGUAUAAUGGUGUGUGCCAUCUGUUGGCACCACUAUCAACAGACUAUUUGGGCUUCUGCAUAUAUGCUAUAUUUUUUGGAGUGGCGUUUGGCUGGCUCAGCUCUGUGCUCUUCGAGACUCUCAUGGAUCUGGUGGGGGCACAGAGAUUCUCAAGUGCUGUGGGCCUCGUGACCAUCGUCGAGUGUCUGCCAGUUCUGUUUGGACCACCCAUACUAGGCAGACUGAAUGACAUCUACCACGAUUACAAAUACACCUACAUCGGGUGUGGCAUCAUCCUGAUCAUUGCGAGCGUGUUUCUGUUCGUUGGAAUGGGCAUCAACUACCGCUUGCUUGAUCGAGAAAAGAAAGCGGAGGAGAGAAAAGCCGGGCUUGAAGCCAACGAUGAAGAGACCAACAUAGACAACGCCAUGAAGGAGAAAGAGAAGGAAGCUGAGAAUGACGUGUCCACUCCUCUCACACACGGAUCAGUUGCCAAAAUGGAUGAAGACACUGUGUAACGUGCAUGAGUGCACCAUAAACACACACUCACAUCUACCUGGCAAUAGUUCUUUUAUUCAUAACCAUCCACAAUAAAUCUGAAUAAGCAAUGAAAGAAAGCAAGGAAGGUUUAAGUUCAGCCAGCAAUAGUAAUACUCUCUCGAUGCAAAUCCAUACUUACUGCUCACACCUUUAACAUCACCGCUUCGUGCUACAUUCAGUUCUUGACUCUGAAGCUGGAUUACAACUGAGAUGUCAUGAUAGACGUAUGAAUGAUGAGACCAACGUUCUUCACAUGCUGCCAAAAGGUUUAUGCAAGCACUCCACCACAGCUGCUAUUCCUCCAUUUAAUUCCAAAUCUACAUACAAAUAAGCCAUGGUGCAUCUGGACUUGAAUAAUUGCAGCUUUGAGAUGAACAGCAUGUACAGAAAGUAUCAAACGAGGACUAGUUUUCUCAUAUGUCCGAGCAUGUGUGCGAGACCAAGAACGGUAAUUUAUUGAGCCAAGUGGUCCAGUGUAUUUCCAUUCUGAUUAAGUGCAGAAACAUGGCUGAAGAUCUGUAGUCAGAGUUAAAUAGUUGAGUUUUUUCUCUGCUGGUGUUUCAUUUCUUCACAACAAAUAUUUUAAAGCAUUAUUAGGAAUCUGAUACACUGCCAAAUAGAACUUUAACUCCAGUACAUGCCUGCCAGAAGGUAAUUUCACACCUUCACAGCAAUUUAUUUUAUUUAUUUAGCUUUGCGUUAGCCCGUGCCUGUUCAUAUGGCAGCGUAUACUGCAAAAUACACUAUAUGGGCAAAGGUUUGGUACCCCUCUUCGAGUUACUGAUUUCAUGUGCUUUAGCUACAGUAAUUGCAAAUAGCAAAGGGAAGCAUUAGGAAACCUGACCUCAGUCUCACUGAACAGCUUUGGAACAAACUGGAACAUCAGUUGAGGCUUUUCUGGCUAAUAUUAGUGUCUACAUACAAAUGCUCUUUUGACCUAAUGGGCACAAAUUCCCACAGACAUACUUCUAAGUCUUGUGCGAAACCUUUUUAGAAGUGUAGCUGUUAUGGCUGAAUCACACACAGAGGUCACUAUUUUAAUACCAAUCCAUUUUGGAAUGGGAUUUCCAAAAAGCGCUUGUCACAUGCCCAAAUAAUUUUGGCCAUCAGUGUAUGUGACAUUUUGAUUUUGAUCUCAGAUGAACCUUUUGUGUCAAUUUCUUGGAUCAGGGUUAGUCCCAAAAUCUCCAUAGUAGUUUCCCACUGCACUUUUUCAAAUCAUUCCAAUACUAGACUUUAGUGUUAAGGAAACUAGCCAAGUGGCUGAGGAUUUCUAAAAUUGGAAAUAGUAAAAAUUUGGUUCAUCGAACAUAUACAGAUAAUACAGUGACCUUGUUUUAUAGUUUUGGACUAAAUUGAAAUACAAACUGUGAUUUACAGCUGAAUAGUUAGUCUAGAAUGAGAGCUAUUCCUGGUCCUAGUAACGUUUGAGAACUGAGCAAAAUAACUAGCUUUUAAAGUUGGAACAUUUAUCAUUCAUUUAUAAUAUAUGAAAAGUAUUUGCUGGUUCUGUAUGAAAGACGGGACGUUGUGUCGGGUUUAGAUGUUUCCUUUUUAUACAUUUUAUAGUGUUCUAAUUUCACAUCCAGUAUAGGCUUCAAACAUAUGCACACUAGGCAUAUGUACAUAAACAGAAUAUUACAUUUACUGGUGAAAAUAUUCACCUAUUGCAAACUAACUUCAAUUCCAUUGCACUCCUAAAUGCCAGUAUGAUUUACUGUGUUUGUGCACACUGACUUUCAGAUGGAACAUGAUCACCCUGUUAUUUGUGGUAUGUAAAUCUGAGUUAUUUUACAGGCUUAAGUGUGUAACCAUGUUGUGGCUACACUGUAUAUACUGAGAUGAAAUUGAAAUGUUCUGCUUUUAGCUGGCUUUUACGUUCAUAUCGAGUUGUAUUGAGAAUCAAAUAUAUUGUACUUCCAAUAUUCAUUCCAAACCUGAAUGGAAGCACAAAACAAAUGUGGUGUUGUAGCCUAGUGGUUAAGGUACUGGACUUGAGCAAGGCCCUUAACCCUCAGUUGCUUGGACAAUAUACUGUCACAGUAAUGUAAGUCGCUUUGGAUAAAAGCGUCUGCUAAAUGCUGAAAAUGAAAUGAAAUGAAUGAUGGUGCAUAGUGUUCAGCAUUGCGGUGUGUAUACAGACGGCCUAUAAAUUCAUGCUUUGGCUACAGAUAAUAUGAAUGAGUGUGUGUUAUUUUAGAUACAUGGAAAGCCAUCCAGCACAGACUGGGUGUCGAACUUAGUAAAGACUUUGUAUUAAGAAGCUUCAUAGACACUUGUUAAUCUUAAUUUUAGGCUUUAUUGUUUUGUUUUAAGGAAGCGUGUGAGUCUAAUUUUUAUAUUAGAAUUUAAUGUUAUCUGACUGAGUUUUGUAUGUUUGACCUGAAGUAGCAAAUCAAUAAACUGUUUUUAAUAAAUCCAUAAACAUGUGAA